UCCCAGAAGGUCAAGAGCUCUAAGAGGACUGAUUGGCCCUUCCCUGGCCUCUCCUUCCACCCUACCUGGCUGGCUGACUGGCUACAUAAGAAAUCCCUCCUGCUGGGGAUUACGCACUGCUGAGUGAGCAUGGCUCAAAGGGUCCUUGCUGCUCUCUUACUCUUCCCUCUCAUCCUCCCCUACUUGGACCUGCUACUUGUAUCAGCAAAGCAGAAAAAUAAAACUCUUCCAAAUAUCUGCCACUUGCCUCGGGAGGAAGGAGAAUGUCUAGCCUAUAUGCCCAAGUGGUACUACAACCCCAAGAGUGGAACAUGUGAGCUGUUUAUCUAUGGAGGCUGCAGAGGCAAUGAGAAUAGAUUUGACACCCGAAAGCAUUGCCGAAAAAUCUGUGCUGGACCAGAUCUGUGCAAAUUCCCUCUCAAAGUGGGAUCCUGUGCCACCCCGCAGGAGAGAUGGUUCUAUGACUGGACUGUCAAAAAAUGCAAGAAGUUCUUCUACUCAGGCUGUGAUGGGAACCUUAACAACUUCAGAGAUGAGAGACAGUGUGAGAUAAACUGUAUCUGGGAAUAAUGUUGUGUCUCCAACCAGGCCAGCUCUCUCCUCUCCUUAAAAGGCCUUCACCAUCUCCAUUUCUCCAUCUCCUCCAUCUGACUCCAUCUUCCUAGCCUCUGAACUUGGUUCCUACUAUUGAAAUAAAAUGUCUUGUUUCAAAGUCUGA